UACUGUAAGAAGAAUGUAAAGAAAAAGUAUAACUUAAGGUAGCUGCAGAUAGGUGGGGAGAUGUUACUUCUGCCAUGACUAUCAACUCCAUUUACGAUGAAACUCAGUGUGUUCCAACACAGUGGUUCACGACUGUUCCUUCUGUUUUCAUUUAGUUCGAACUCGUGUUGCAUUUUCGAUUCUCCUUCCUAUUUAGUAUAUUCAAAUAUCUUUAAAGGAACUUGAUUUGCUUUUAUCGGAUUAAUCUUGCUAAAUUUAAAAAAAAUGAGCGAAUUAACCGAGAUACAAUCUUUUUAUAAGGGGAAAAUCAUUUUUGUAACUGGAGGAACCGGUUUUAUGGGAAAAGUUCUCAUUGAGAAAUUACUUUAUAGCUGCAGCGAUUUAAAUAAGAUUUUUAUUUUGAUACGGCCGAAAAGAGGUCGUACUCCUGAAAUACGGGUCGACGAAAUGUUUAAAUUGCCUAUGUUCCAAAGAAUACGAAAACAAAAGCCUGAAAUGCUGAAGAAAGUUAAAGCCUUGAGCGGGGAUGUUGGUAUGAAGAAUUUAGGACUGACUGACGAGCAACUCGAUAUAUUGAUCAAUGAAACUGACAUAAUAUUCCAUUGUGCUGCAACCCUAAGAUUAGAAUCUAAGUUAAAAGACGCUAUUGACAUGAAUACGAUUGGAACGAAAAGAGUUAUAGAAUUAAGCAAAAAGAUGAAAAAGCUGAAGGCAUUUGUGCACCUGAGCACAGCCUUCUGUUACGCUGAUAAAGAAGAACUCGACGAGAAUGUCUACAAACCAUCAGCUGAUCCUCACGAUGUUAUGAGACUGGUUCAAUGGCUGGAUGAAAGUACCAUCGAUCUUAUCACACCUAAGAUCUUGGAUCUUCAUCCGAAUACUUACACGUUUUCAAAGAGAUUGUCCGAAAAGCUGAUAGCAGAUGAAUAUCCGAAUUUACCGUGCAGCAUUGCCAGACCAUCGAUAGUAACUCCAGCUUUGGCAGAACCAUUACCCGGUUGGGUGGAUAAUCUAAAUGGACCUGUGGGCCUUAUGGUGGGUGCAGGCAAAGGCGUGAUAAGAUCUAUGCUCUGUAAUGGACGCUAUCAUGCCGAAGUAAUACCCGUCGAUCUUGCUAUUAAUGCUUUAAUUGCAAUUGGUCAUAGGACAGCUACGGUGAAACAUGCAAGUAUGCCAGUGUUCAAUAUUACGCAAAGUGGCGUGUUACCUAUCACUUGGGGAGAAGUAUUGGGAAAAGGGAAAAAGAUCGCGUAUCAGUAUCCUUUCGAAGGACAAAUUUGGUAUCCAUCCGGUGACAUACACGACAGCAAACUCGUGCACAACCUGAUCGUUUUCUUCUUCCACAUUGUACCGGCUUAUUUCAUCGAUUUCCUUAUGUUGAUAUUUCGGCAAAAAAGAUUUAUGGUUCGCCUUCAAAACCGUAUUUCCGUUGGACUCGAGGUUUUACAGUAUUUCACUACAAGGGAAUGGGUUUUCCAUAACACGAACUUGUUAAUAAUGUGGGGCGAAAUGAGCGCCGAGGACAAAAAGAUUUUUCCGAUUGAUUUCUUGUCAAUCGACGACGCUACGUACAUAAAAACUUGCAUUCUCGGUGCACGUCAGUAUUGCAUGAAAGAGAAUUUAUCCACCUUGCCGAAAGCCAGGAGACACCAAGCAGUAUUAUACGUCAUUCACAUAAUUGCUGUCUAUCUGUUUUACUUCGGAAUACUAUAUCUUAUUUACAAGAACUUCGAUGUAGCAAGAACUGGUCUGGAUUCUGUUACGGAGCACAUGAAAUCAUUAUCAAUUUUGGGCGGAGUUAUAUAAUGGUACAACAUGCACACAAUUUAUAAAACUAUAAAAAUUAUAAAACCAUAUCGUGUUAAUUACUAACAAGUAAGUUGAGAAUUUUCAUGUAUUACACACGAUUUAAUAACACCAAUUAUUAUUUACGCGAAUUAAAUGUUUUUAUAUCAUUAGAAACUUAACCUGGGGCGGAAUAUUAUAAGAUAUUAUAAAAAUAUAGAAUUCAACAUUCAAGUUAUGGUAAUAACGCAAUAUUUUGUUUGUGACAGGUAAAAUGUUUUCAAUAAAAAUCUUAUUUUUUCACGUUA